AUCUUAAAGCCUCGGAUCAGUGCCUCGUGGAGGACCGAGGGGAUCACGUGCACGAGAAAGAGGUCGUCUCUUUUCGGUACGAUUUCGAUACAGAUUUUCCGCGUGGACUAUUCCGGUGUAACGCGCGUGUAAUUGCCCUCGAGAGAUGACGCUCCUCGUUUGGAUACUUUACAUCUGUGUGAUAGGCGUCCGUGCUGCGACAAACCGCGAAGGAAACCACUCGACGGUGAGGAGCCACGAGAACGACACGGUCCUGCUGCCUUGCUACGUCGAGGGCGCGCAAACUAGGGUGAGAUGGUGGCGAGAGGGGUCCCUCCUGGCCGACAGUUUCGAGCAGAAGCUUCUAUCGCCCGAGCGAGUCACCCUGUAUAGCAACGGCAGCCUGCGGGUCCUCCACGUGCAGCGGGAGGACAGCGGGGAGUAUGUGUGCCAGGCGAUCCGACCGUCUCCCUGGGGACACGUCACGCAAGUACACAAGAUCGAAGUGAUGUAUCCACCCAGCGCGGAGACAGUGCCGGCGUCCGGCGAGCUGGAAGUCAAUCUCGGGGAGAAGGUGGAAAUGCAAUGCGUGACGAAGGGUGUACCGGCCCCCAUCAUAAGUUGGAGGACGAAGGACGGGGAAAUCCCAUUGUUGGACGCUCGACCGCAACUGAGAUUUCACGCCGACAAUCGGAAUCUCUCCGACAGGUAUACCUGCGUCGCCGAUAAUGGAGUCGGCGAUCCCGCGGAGGCGCACAUAGACCUACGUAUCAGAUAUAAGCCGGAGAUCUACGUGAAGAAGCCGUGGGUGCACGCGUAUCCGGAAUUACGAGUACAGCUGGAUUGCACGGUGAACGCCUGGCCAGAGGCGAAGGUUGAAUGGUACUUCAACAAUGAGACACUAAAGUACACGUCGCGGAUAGUGAAGCACAACGCCGGGAACGAUCACAGUCUAUUGAUAAGGCAUGUGAAGACGACCGAUUACGGUGCCUAUCUCUGCAGAGCGUCAAACUCUUUGGGAAUCACCGAGAAGAUCGUCGAACUGUCGGAGAUCGCGAACCCGGCGGUGUUCAAGAAGGAAUCGCGCAGUACGUCCAGCACGUCGUAUAAUUUUAUCUGGGAGGUCGACAGUUACAGCCCCGUCAUCGAGUACCAGUUUUGGUUUCGCAAAUACAGGAGAGGCAGUGGCGGCGAAUGGCGCAAAUUGUAUAUUCCUGCCGAUGGCAGUGACAUCGCCAGCCCGGUGCAUGUUCGUUCCUUCAAUCUGACGGGGUUGGACGCCGCGACCCAUUACGAGGCGGUCGUUUUGUCCAGAAAUCGUUACGGAUGGAGCCACCCCUCAGAGAUACUGCGCUUUCACACUGAAGGAGCUCCUGUCGAUUCCAGCGAAAAUUCCGAGAUGGACGGUGAUCAAGAGCAGAACAGGAUAGCAGUCAUACAGCUCUCAUCCAUGUCGCAGCAUUAUCUUCUGACAGAGGAUACAAAUGGAUCAAUGCAUAAUCGAGCGCAAGCCUUGUCGUUAAUAUUAAGUACGCUGUGUUCCUUAAUUCUAAUGCGCAACAGAUUUAACUAGCGUUGUAUAGAAUGUAGAAAAUAUAAAAUAGACUGUUGUAAUUUAUACGUAUAUGAUACGGCUAUUGUUAAAAUAUUAUCAUUGUCAGUCAUGUUUUCAUGCCGAUGUAUCAUUUUUGUUAAUGAAAAUAUCACAGCAUCAUUCAUAUACAAUUGAUCAUUUCACUCUCAAAAAUCAUAUAAUGCAAAAAAAAUGAUAAAUUUUUGUUUCAUUUCAUUCUAAAAUUUAGAUCAUAAUUAUGCAAAUAAUUUAUGUAAUUUGUAUAAUUAAAGUAUUACAAAAUAGAUAAAUAGAUUAAUAUCUGCGAAUCAAUAUCGUCGAUAAACUCUGCUGCACAGUUUAGAAGAAAACUUGCAUUUUACCACUUGAAGAGAAACAGUAUCGUCAGUCGAGACCAAUUGCAGAAACUUUGCCUUACAUAGGAUUUAUCUUGGCGAGCUUUACGAAAGCUGCCUUAUCGGCCAAUAUUUUUUUCCAUAUAGUUUCUUUCUCAUGUAGUUUACGGUUUCGAAAUAAUAAACGUGCCAAAAUGUUGAUAA